AUGUAAAAAAAGGUUGUUGUUAUUAACAUGGCUGAUGAUGAUAGUUCUGAUGAUGAAAUGUAUAAUUCAUCUGACACACUUAGAGGAUAGGUGAGAAAUAGCAUCAAUAUCUAAUUCAGACGUGAGAAAUCUAGGAAUACAUCAAGCUCACUUUCAAGAACAUCUUCAAGUAUUUAGAGAGAUGCCUAAAUAUUCUAGAGUCUCGAUAAUGCAAGACCUUAAAAUUAUAAAAGUGGGUUUAAGGUUCGCCCAUUGAAGAAAAAUAUGGCUUAAUCAAUAAGAGUUGCAUCAUAAAUGAGCUGCGAGAGCAGACUUUCUUAAGAAAUAAAAGAGGGUCUAAUCAGAGCUCUUGAUGAGCUGAACUAAGACGUAAGAAGCUUAAAAGCAAAAAUUGUAGACAAGAAGUAAAAGUUUAGACGAGUGGUCAAAAGGAUAAUUCAUGAUUUUAGAAUUAGAAGGAUAAGAGAAAGAUAUGUAGAUUUAUGUGAAGAAGAGAGCAACAAUUUUAACAAGCAACUAGCAUCUAUUGCAAUAUAAAGAUGGUUUAGGAUGAUAAUGGAUAGAAAGAAAAUUCCUUUCAGAAUUCUUAAAAGAACUUUCAAACAAAAGUACAAUGAUGGCAUCUAUUUAGGAUGGAAAACCAGAAAAAUAUUUAGAAGACCAGAUAUUAGAUCUCAAAUACUCUAGAUAAAAUAUUUAUAAACUCAGUUAAUGUAUGGUGAAUAGCUCUGCAACUCAAAAACACUGCUAGAGUUGAAAGUCAAACUAAUCAAUAAUAUAUAUCAUUAAUUAACUCCCUAGUCAGUUAUUCCCAAAUAAGAGGUUGACUUUAUUACAAGAUAAAUUAAUGUUUCUGAUGAAGUACUAUAAUCAAUCGAGAGUAACAGAUUUGAUAAUAAAUAGAUCUAUAAAUAUCUAAGCGAAUUCGAUAAUUUAUUACCUCCUGCAGAAAAAAGAAGGAGCCAUCUAGAUGAUAAUCUUAAACCCAUCCUUGAUAACUAUGAAACUUUCAAUAGAUAAAAGACUUAAGAAACAGCUUAAUUUAUAAAGUAAUAAAAGGAACCUUUUUACGAAGAAGGAGAAUAUCAAAAUACUACUGAUAAUAAAAAGUUUAAUAUUUAGCCUAUAUCCGCCUUUGAAAACUUCACCGAUACCAACUAUAAUACUCUAUCUACACACAAUCAAUAAGAUUUAUAAGAUUCAACUCAUUAAUUCUGUAACCUUGAUUACUUUAGGAUAGAUUCAAGCGAGAUGGGAAUCCUUGAUAUUUAAAACAUUAACUUCGACUGCAGUGUUUAAGAAUCAUACAAUAUUGUGAUUGAAAAUAACAAUCAAUUGCUUGACGAUACUUUCAGUGAGAAAUCUGAAGCAGUACCAGUCUAUUUUAAAAACAGCAACAAGUCUUCAAAUAUUCAUGACUAGAAAUUAAAUAAAUGCAAGGAAGAAAUUCUAAACGAGACUUUUGAAUCUAACAAUAAUAAAAGCAUUGACUCAACAAGUUCAUAAGUGUAGUAAAGAAGACUAUAGAGCUUGAAAAAGUAGUAUUGCAAAAAUACUGGAACUCCUAUACACAGUCAUAACUUAUUGAUUCAAAGGCAAACACCAAGAGUUCAAAAUAACUACUCACCCAGCAAAAAGAGCAAAGCAUUUGAAAUGAAAAGAGGGCUAAUGAUUUAAAGCUCAGCAGGGAAGAACUAAAUAAUCAAUAUUGAGAGCAAAAAACUAAUUUAAAAUAAUACAAGUAGUCCUAUAAACUUUAAAAGUAGAAAAGACUAAAAUGAAGAGAGGAAAAAGAAGAGAAAAACUACUGUUGACAACUUAAUUAAAUUUUAUGAGGAACUUGAAACACAAGCUCAUUCAUAAAAUGACUCAUUUGAUGAAGAUCAAAAGGAGGAGUUACAAAUGAAGUUAGAAAAAAUGUUCAUUUAGUUAAGAGGGUGCUUUAAUGAUAUUGUUAAUACAAAGAAAUGA